AGCUGCAAAUGCAUAAGCCGGAAAGAAGCGAUCAGUCACAGAUGGACGAGGAGCAAUACAAAGCUGAAACCUCCCACACCGUCGAGCAGCCUCAGAUGGACGAGGAGUCACUGUCGGACGUGGAGCUUCUUUCAGACGAGGAGCCUUUCGUAGACGAGGCUUCUAUAUCAGACGAGCAGCUACUGUCAGACGAGGAUUCACUGCCAGAAAACAUCUCACUCCCAGACGACGACCCACUGCCCAACGACGACCCACUGUCGCACGAGCAGUCACCGCCAUACGAGCAGCCACUGCCAUACAAGGAGCUUCGCGCAGUCUAUACCAUCGCACUAAGCUUAGUAGGAUGAGCUGGCAAUAGCGAUUCUUUCUGUCCUACUGCGGACUCGGCGUUAAAGCUUCGUCGGGGCUUUCUUAUCCAACGGCCUGACAUAGAAUCAACUUUUCGUGAGCGUCCUUUUUCCAAUGUAGGACUCCCAUCCGAGUCUGAGAUGUAUUCUCCACGCCUCCAGCCGUUCAUAUUCGGCACCUUCAGUCGGCCAUCUUGACUGGUCAGACCACUGCUCUUCAAACCCUUUACACCCUGUUCACCACCAUAGCUUCAUUCCACAUUUCCUUUUAAGCUUCCAAUACACUCCAUUACCCUCAUCCCAAUUAAUCUCC